AUGUAUUUGAUUUUUGCCGCUUUAAAAAAAAAUAAUCAAUUAUUCAUCGCUUUUCUUAUUGCUAUUAUGAAUACGAAGCAAGAGAAAGAGAAUACUAUCAAUUAUAUUGAAAAAGGGGAGCUUAAAGAAAGGGAGCUUAAAGAAAAGGAGAUUGAAGAAGGGGGCAUUGAGGAAGAAGGGGAUAUUAAGGAGGAAGGCGAUAUUAAAGAGGAAGGCGAUAUUAAGAAGGAGGGCGACCUUAAGGAAAAGGGCGAUAUUAAAGAGGAAAGGGAUAUUAAAGAAGAGGCUAUUAUACUACCAUUAAAAACUCUUUUACUAAAAGACCUUUAUUACGCAACCUUAUAA